GAGUGACGUCUAGCGGCCCCUGCCGGAGCACUUCCUUUCGCUUGUUGGCAGGCAUCGAGGCAGCAUGAAGGCGUCGGGCACUCUAAGGGAGUAUAAGGUCAUCGGGCGCAGCCUGCCCACCGCAAAGGUUCCAUCCCCACCUCUAUACCGCAUGCGAAUCUUCGCACCCAACCAUGUUGUUGCCAAGUCUCGCUUCUGGUACUUCGUCUCCCAGCUUAAGAAGAUGAAGAAGGCCUCUGGAGAGAUUGUUUACUGCGGACAGGUGUUUGAGAAAUCUCCUCUGAAGGUGAAGAACUUUGGUAUCUGGCUGCGUUAUGACUCUCGCAGUGGAACACACAACAUGUACAGGGAAUACAGAGACCUGACUACUGCUGCUGCAGUAACCCAGUGCUACCGUGAUAUGGGUGCACGCCAUCGCGCUCGUGCUCACGCUAUUCAGAUCAUGAAGGUUGAGGUGAUCCCUGCCAACAAAUGUCGCAGACCUGCUAUUAAGCAGUUCCAUGACUCCAAGAUCAAGUUCCCUCUGCCUCACAGAGUUCUGCGUCGCCAGCACAAGCCCCGCUUCACCACCAAGAGACCAAACACCUGCUUCUAAGCAAGGCGAAACAAGCUUUGUUCUGUGGUCUAAUAAAUUUUUGUUUCAAA